AUGGGGCAGAGCCUGAGCGGCGGCCGGUCCUGCCUCGAUGUCCCCGGCCGGCUCCUGCCGCAGCCGCCGCCGCCCCCGCCGCCGGUGAGGAGAAGGCUCGCGCUGCUGUUCGCCAUGCUCUGCGUCUGGCUCUACUUGCUCGUCUACUCUUGCGCCGGCUCCUGCGCCGCCGCGCCCGGGCUGCUGCUGCUGGGCUCCGGGUCCCGCGCCGCCCACGCCCCGCCGGUCCCGGGUCCCGACGGGCCUCCCCAGAGGCUCCCGUUCCCGGCGGCGCUAGCCACCCAGUCGGCUGCGGGCGGAGAGAUGGCCGAAGGCGCCGCGAGCCAGGAGGAGCAGAGCCCCGAGACGCCGGACUCCCCCAGCCCCAUCUCUAGCUUCUUCAGCGGGUCCGGGAGCAAGCAGCUGCCGCAGGCCAUCAUCAUCGGCGUGAAGAAGGGCGGCACGCGGGCGCUGCUGGAGUUCCUGCGCGUGCACCCCGACGUGCGCGCCGUGGGCGCAGAGCCCCACUUUUUCGACCGCAGCUACGACAAGGGCCUCGCCUGGUACCGGGACCUGAUGCCGAGGACCCUGGACGGCCAGAUCACCAUGGAGAAGACGCCCAGCUACUUCGUGACGCGCGAGGCGCCCGCGCGCAUCUCGGCCAUGUCCAAGGACACCAAGCUCCUGGUGGUGGUACGCGACCCGGUGACUCGGGCCGUGUCGGACUACACGCAGACGCUCUCCAAGCGGCCUGACAUCCCCAGCUUCGAGAGCCUGGCCUUCCGGAACCGCUCGGCGGGCCUGGUGGACCGCUCGUGGAGCGCCAUCCAGAUCGGCCUGUACGCAGAGCACCUGGAGCGCUGGCUGCGCCACUUCCCCGCCCGCCAGAUGCUCUUCGUGAGCGGCGAGCGCCUGGUGCGCGACCCUGCCGGCGAGCUGGGCCGCGUACAGGACUUCCUGGGCCUCAAACGCAUCAUCUCGGACAAGCACUUCUACUUCAACCAGACCAAGGGCUUCCCCUGCCUCAAGAAGGCGGAGGGCAGCGGCCGCCCCCACUGCCUGGGCAAGACCAAGGGCAGACCCCACCCCGAGAUCGAUGCGCAGGUGCUGCGGCAGCUGCGGGAUUUCUACCGGCCCUUCAACCGCAAGUUCUACCAGAUGACGGGCCACGACUUCGGCUGGGACUGA